GGGCGUCUGACAGCAAGACACACAGUGGUUCACAUUUGACUGGCAGACACCUGUUGACCAGUUUGGCAAACUAUGAUGCGUGCUGCACCCCUCCUCCUGCUGGGUAUGGCCAUGCUGGCCCAGGGGAACCCAAUCACCCAGUACAUUGACUGCAAGGACUACUAUGCAGAUGGCCACAAGACCAGUGGGGUCUAUGCCAUUCAUCCAGAUGGCACCAAUGCCACGGUGGAAGCCUACUGUGAGAUGGAGGGCUGCGAGAAUAGAGAGGAAGGUGGCGGAUGGACUGUGUUUCAGAAGCGAAUCGAUGGUACAGUGAACUUCUACAGGCCCUGGGAGCAGUACAAGGAAGGCUUCGGGAAUCCGUCUGGGGAGUACUGGCUGGGACUAGAGAAUCUGUACCAGCUGACCAGCCGGAAGAGGUAUCAGCUGAGAGUGGACAUCCAGGACUUUGAUGGCAGCACUGUGUACGCGCUCUACUCCACCUUCACUGUGGGUGGAGAGGACGAGGGGUACAAGCUGUCCGUCACUGGAUUCAAAAACCGAGGCGCUGGCGACUCCAUGAGUCAAUCUAAUGGCAUGAAGUUCAGCACCUUUGACAAGGAUCAGGAUGUGUGGGUUGAUAGGUACGGUUAUAAUAAGAAUUGCGCGGCUAGUUUCAUCGGGGCAUUCUGGUAUCGUAACUGUGGGAAUGCCAAUCCCAAUGGCGUGUAUCUGUGGGGAGCCAAUUCACACUCAUUUGUCGGGGUCGUCUGGGGCACCUUUAGAGGUAACGGAUACUCGCAGAAGACAAUGACCAUGCUGAUCAGGCCGGUGGUUUAGGCAACUGGUGUCAUGGUGAGAUGAGCACGUUGCCCGCCAA